AUGACCUGCUGCGGGUACUGCUGCAAGUGGGAGUGGGGGCUGAAGCUGCCCGGGUCGUUCUACGUGGGGGUGGUGCCCGGGUGGAUGCCCCUCCGCAUCAGGCGCCGCAAGAAGGGGUGGGUCGACUCGCCCAUUCCGCUCUUCGCCAAAUACUGGACCGAUACAACUCUUAAGGGAGGUCCCUAUCAUGGCUUCACGGCAAAUGGCAGAUACCCCGCUCAGUCCCGGCCGCCCAUCCUCUCGCCGCUCUCCCUUUCCCAGAUUCAGAAGAUUCCCGGGCGGCUGCUGCUGUUCCCCUGGCGCCUGCUGCCCCGGCACGGCACCAUUGCAGCAGACACGGCGCACUACCCGUUUGGGACCCAGAUGUUCAUCCCGGGAUAUGGCUGGGGCAUUGUGGAUGACAAGGGCUCAGCAAUCCGAGGAGCCACGCGCAUAGACCUUUACCACUACUCACACAACGAGGCCCUACACUGGGGUAGACGGCGAGUCAAUGUGCUGGUGGUGCCUCCAGGAGAAAGUGUGGUGGAUCUUUUACAUGUGCCCAAGCCUUUCAAGUUUCUUCUCAAGGGUCUAAAUUGGGCAAGGAAACUUCUGGUUUAG